AUGAACCUCUUCUCGGCUAAGAAAAUGGAUUUAGAAAUGAACCAAUCUUUUAACUCAUCAAUGUCGAACAUUACCCUUAAUCUAAUAUCAAACUGGAAAUCAGAAAGGGACGACGUUCUGGAUUUGGGCGAACAUUGGAGAAGUUUUGGACCCCCUCCGCCAGGGAUGCACAUUUUUAUUGGAGUGCUAAUGAUUAUUGUGGGUAGCAUUGGAGUUACUAGUAACAUUAUAGUGAUCUUCGCAUUUUGUGGGUUCCGGACUCUAAGGCGACCAUCCAGCAUUUUGAUAGUAAACUUAGCAGUAUGCGAUCUAUGUGUCUCUGGACUAUGCUUUCCCAUCCACGCCUACUCGGCCAUAGUUGGACAAUGGUCCUUUGGAAGGACUGGAUGCAAUUGGUAUGUUGUAGUGAGUGGGGUAUCCGGAUUAGCCUCCAUAGCGACUAUGGCAUCUAUCUCGAUCGAAAGGUACACCGUACUUAUUUUGCAGACAUUUCGUAAUCCGUCCAUAAUAACAGGAAGAUUGGGGUUCGUAGCCAUCCCGAUUGUGUGGACAUACGCCAUAGUGCUUCUGAUUCCCCCGCUGUUUGGCUGGGGAAACUUCAUACUGGAAGGAUGGGGUUAUAGCUGUACGUUUGAUUAUAUCAGUCAAGAUGCUCAAAAUAAAGGAUAUGUUUUAACACUCUUCGUAUGUGGAUUCUGUGUACCUGUGUUUAUCAUCGUGUUCUGUUAUUCAUCAAUUAUGAGAUAUGUGUUUUUCCAGAAAAGGGAACUAGAAAGCAUGAAUGCAUUCAGACAUAGUCAUUUAAAUAAGAAAUUCUCAGAGGGCUCAAAAACUCGCAGUAUGAUAGCGCGAAGGUAUGAAUGGCAAGUAACCAAGACAAUGGUGCUGACAGUGGUUUGUUUCUCAAUUGCAUGGCUGCCGUACGCAAUUUUGGCUCUUUAUGGCAUAUUUGGCAAUUACAAAAACAUUACUCCGUUAAUCGCUACAUUUCCAAGUGUAUUCGCUAAGUUUUCUACGAUUCUAAAUCCAAUUAUCUACUCAUUGACGAACACACGAUUCCGUCAACUGCUCCGAAAACGUCUUGAAAAGACGUGUUCAGUUUUAACGAAGAAAAGGGAAUUCCAAAAUAUGACGUCACGGGUGGGUUUCUCCACCGCUCACUCAUCCAGAGAUGAAGUCGAAAGUGGACACGUUGGAAGCAGUGAUGAAUUUAUGCCGAGAUCAAGCCAAACAAAUCAUGUAUCACCUAAGACUACUCAUCAAAGCCGUACGCCUUUGAAAAUGGAACUAGGGCAUAAGCUGAACAUCAAUUCACCGAUUCCCAUGCAGGAGCUUCGCGAUUUCUAUUGCUAAGUGUUUUUUCAAGAUUAAAUAAAAAAUAGUCAGGCUCAGUACGUAACUGCGACAAAAUUUGAAAA